CCUCGCCGCGGCGAUCGAUCCCAUUUCAGAUUGCGCCUUUAAGAAGGAGGAGGAUGGACAGUUGCUAACCUCACCUCACCUCGCUUUCGAUUUCUCCGGUCUUCUCUUCUCUUCCGUUCCAUCCACUUUCUUCUUCUGCUGGAGCGCGCAAAGGAGCUUGCUUUGCUUCCGCCGUCGCCGUGGUUGCCGCGCCAAGAUGCGAUUGAUCGUUUGCUUGCCCAAGUUUUGCUUUUCCUGCUAAAUGCUGAGGGCGACGUCUCUGCUUCAAUCGGUUUCAGACGGUCUAAAAACGUGGCUCUGCUGCUUCGCGGCGUUCUGCUGAUCACACAAUUAAACAACUACUCGAAAGCACCUGUUUAUUUUUAGACAAUGACAUUUGCUAAAUCGUCAGCGUUACUAACUGCUCAAAAGUAGUACUACUUGCAUGUUGUAUGUGUCGAUAUCUCAUUCUUGGGAGGUCGGCACUGUCAGCAAUCAGCAGUACAUUUUUGUUUAAUGGCAACAUUCUCCCAUAGCUGGUUUUAAGGCUAUAUUUAUUGUCCUUGACUCCUUAUGCAUUGCUGAAUUUUCAGGGAACUGCUUGCUUUUUUACUGAUAAUCUGAUGCUUCCUCUAUCUCUAUGCAGAUUGUGUGACUGCAUAUUUUCCUUGGUCAACUUUGUUUCAUAACCGGAUAGAUGGGUUCUGAAGGACCUUCUGGUGUUACCGUUCACGUUACUGGAUUCAAGAAGUUCCAUGGAGUCGCUGAGAAUCCGACGGAGAAGAUUGUGCGCAAUCUUGAGUCAUUUAUGGAAAAGAGAGGGUUGCCUAAAGGUUUAACACUUGGAAGUUGCACUGUUCUUGAGACUGCUGGGCAGGGUGGGCUUGGUCCGUUGUAUGAAGUGUUUGAAUCAGCCAUCGUAGACAAAGAGUAUGGGUUGAAUGAUCAGGGGCAAGUGAUUCUGCUCCAUUUUGGAGUCAACAGUGGCACAACAAGGUUUGCCCUUGAGAAUCAAGCUAUUAAUGAAGCUACCUUCCGUUGCCCUGAUGAGCUGGGAUGGAAACCACAGAGGGCCCCUAUUGUGUCAUCUGAUGGAAGCAUCUCAAAUUUAAGAAAGACCACUGUGCCUGUGAAUGAAGUGAACAAGUCCCUACAACAGAUGGGCUUCGAUGUGGCGCCUUCGGAUGACGCUGGUCGAUUCGUAUGCAACUAUGUCUAUUACCAAUCUCUUAGGUUCGCAGAACAGCGCGGUAUCAAGUCUUUGUUCGUCCAUUUCCCCCUCUUCACGACGAUUAGUGAGGAAGUUCAGAUGAACUUCGUCGCAACCCUCCUCGAAGUUCUUGCUUCCCAGAACUAUGCACAGUAACCUGAUGGGGGGCAGGGUCUACUUCCUAAGGUUUCUUCUUCCAAUUUUAUUAGGAAGUUGCCAAGUGACAAAACCUCUCUAGUGCUCUGUUUGCUGUCCGACUGUAGGCCGUCGUCGCCUUUUGCUGUGAAGAUGAAGUGGAGUGAAUAAGAUUGUAAAAUCAUUCAUGACAUUGCCUGUGCUCCAAAUUGUGUAUAAAAAAAGGCUGGUUAGAGCUGUUCUUGUGGUGAUGUGGUCCGCUUGUCCAAAUACUCAUUGCUGCUUUAUUUGGUGGUGGAUGUUGCACUUAGAACAUGGAUAAUACUAAUCUGGAUCACUGAAUACAGCUGCUACCUUAGUUGGCUCUU